AUGGAGGCCAUGGUUAAGAAAGCAACAAUGGACUUCCUGGAGCAGGGUCAUCUAAUCUCAGACCUGCAGCACGGCUUUAGACAGAACCGCUCGUGUCUUUCCAGUUUAUUGCUCUCGACGGAGCAGUGGCCUCGCGCACUGGAUGAGGAUGGGAGGGUUGAUGUCAUAUACACAGGCUUUAAGAAGGCGUUCGACAGCGUCCCACACAAACGCUUAAUCUACAAACUUUCUGAAAUUGGGAUAAGAGGAACGCUGCUGACAUGGAUAACAGAUUUUCUUACUGGGAGAUCGCAAACCGUGUGCAUUGAGGCCUCAAGGUCAACUCCUACUCCCGUUCUAAGUGGUGUACCCCAGGGCUCCGUCUUAGGGCCGUUGCUAUUCCUGGCUUACAUUAACGACUGCGUCGACGACCUGGGAUGCAACGCCAUCAUGUUUGCUGACGAUGUUAAGCUGUGGAGACCCAUCAGAUCUGAUGCAGACAGGUACGCGCUUCAAGACAGUCUUAACCGUCUGAAGAGUUGGUCAGCUCGCUGGCUCCUCAAUUUUAAUGUGGACAAAUGUGUGGUCCUGAGACUCCGCACCAAAAAGACCACUAAGGAGGACGAUUCCUUUCAAUAUGUCCUUGGUGGUCAACCCCUUUCAAAUGUUGUGGAACAGAAAGACCUGGGCGUCCUAAUGACCUCCUCGCUGAAACCAUCUUCGCAGUGUCAAAGGGCAGCCAAAAGUGCGAUAAGAGUGUUAUUUGCGCUGAGGCGAGGAUUUGUGCAGAUUGACAAGGAGCUGUUCAGAAAAAACUAUGGGGCAUUCGUCCGGCCUCACUUAGAGUACGCAGUCCAGGCCUGGCGACCGUGGUUAAAGAAAGAUGAUCAACGACUGGAAAGAGUACAGGCGAUGGCUACGAAGACGGUCAAGAAUCUUCAUCAUUUGCCUUACAAAACCAGGCUGACCGAACUUAAUCUGUUUCCUCUAAAUUACAGGCAACUGCACGGCGAUCUCAUUCAAACCUACAGGAUUGUCAGAAGCCGUGAGUGUGCCCUAGACUUUGAUGAAUUCUUUGAAUUGGCCCGGACUGACCGUCUGCGUGGUCAUCCGUUCAAACUGCAAAGGAAGCGGGCUCAUUCGGACGUCCGACGGAACGCCUUCUCUCACAGGGUCAUCGGGGCAUGGAAUGGACUCCCUGACGCCGUCGUUCUUUCGGAAAGUGUCAAAUUCUUUAAGUGCAGACUAGACGCUCACUUGUUGAGAACCUACUGUACAUGCAAUAAUGAUUGUUUUAGCGACGGCAGUUUGCGCCUAGCUCACACUUACCGCUAACUUCUUAACUUUUCGCAUUUGCUGAUGUAAUUGAUGACUUUAUUUCUGUUUAUCGAUAUGAAUAGGGAGCUCAAGGGCGAAAGCCUCACUCCCUUAACAAACUGACUUAAACUGACUAUGCAAUUACUUAGUGAACAGGAUUUCUUAGGUAAGCAGGAGAUUUAAGAAGGGUGACUUAAACGCAAUGAGGCGUGUUUUUCGAAAGAAACUUGUAAGAAAAUAUGGAAGAUUCAGGAAAAUUCUGAUAGUAAUUUUGCUGUCUUUUUGCUUAAAUUUCCUUAAAUACAGGCCCAUUCCUUCAGAACUGCCUGCUGCCAUCUCCUUUUGAGUUCUGCUAGUCUAUGCCUGUUGUUCCCUAGUCGCACUCUGCAAUUCUCAUUUUGUGCAUCCGAUUUCUCUCUAACUGCUGUAAUUUAUUUUUACAUCGUUAGUCCCUAGUUGAAAUUCAGUCAACUAGUCUGCCAGAAGUUUUCUUAAUCACAACUUGCCUCGAUACAAGAUGAGAACAAAAGUCACUGGUCGGCGUAAGCUCUCGGCCUCUGUAAGUAAGCAUGGCCUAACUAAACGUAAGUCAGAAGCUUUACCUAAAUCUAAGUCAGAUGAUAUUGCUAGUCAGUCGUCGCCUGUUGUAAUUGGUCGGCAGCUUAAUCUGUCCGCACUUGACAACUGCAAUGACUUUGUGCUAAAGUUUGCCACUUUGCUGACAAUUCUUGGAAAGUUAUUCGACGGGCACAUCUCCGAUAUUCCCUCUGUAGAAUGUAGGAGUCUCGACUCACAUGUUCACCUGAUCGCCAGUGAAUCUAAUGAUAGACAAAAGCGUUCUUACAACUUUCUGUUAAAAAAUGUUCCUCGAUCUGCUCGGCCAAUUGAUGUUGCGACAAAUUUCGUGCAUUCAUGUGGUUUCAACUACAAAAUAGUCAAUGCCAAACGCUUGCCCUCCCGUAGCGAAAAUCCACCCAUCUUAGUGAAAUUAUUUUCAUCAGUCGAGGUUGACACAAUCUUUGCCCACCAAGAACGUGUCACUGCGUCCCUAGAAAAUGCAAAAUUUUUCCUUUGUAAUGAUCUUACUCCUAUGGAGCGUAGAAUCGGGUCUCUCUUCCCACGUAAACUCACUGGUUCUCAGUCUAAUGCUCCCCAACUCGGUCAUUAUACAAGUGACCGUGAGGAUUUAGCUUGUCCUUCUCCUGCGACAUCUGACUACCUCCUUCCCCUUACUCCUACAUCUCCAUCUCACUAAAGCCACUUGACGCAUUUACCUGCCCCUAAACUUGCAGCAGCAGCAGCAGCAGCAGCAGCAGCAGCAGCAGCAGCAGCAGCAGCAGCAGCAGCAGCAGCAGCAGCAGCAGCAGCAGCAGCAGCAGCAGCAGCAGCAGCAGCCCCAUUUGUCGUUUCGUAUCCUCCGCAUAUCCUCGCUGGGACACACGAAAAUUCGUCUACAUCAGCUAGACCAAUAA